AUGAUAAAUAUUUCACUUGUUAUUAAAAUUUUAUUUUCUGUCUUUCUACCAUUGUGCCUAUACUUUUGGAUAAACAAAGCAAUUAAAAAGUAUAGCACAUCAUGUUUAGAAUUGAAACAAAAUAUUCCAAAUAUCCAUUUCUUACUAAAAUAUUGGUGGGCAAAGUAUUAUAUUAAUAGGAUGAAGAAAAGAGAAAUAUAUUUACAUACCAAUAAAAAAGAACACUUAGAAAAUUUAGAAAUCAAAGAUAAAGAUAGUGCCAACAGCAUAUCUUUUUAUGGUACAGAUCAGAAAGGAAAUUCUUUGUUAAUCAAGUUUUCUCACAGAGCAUUCAAACUAGCAGAAGUUUCAAUGCAACUUACUACAUCUGAUGGUCAAUUAUAUGUUUCACCUGCCUAUCCCAAUACCACCCUGAUACCUAAUUUAAAUCAGAUGUGGACAGCAGGUGGUCUUAAAAUUGAGUGUUUAAAAUUCCAAAAACGUUGGAGAAUAGUUUACAAUGGCAUGCUUAGGAACUUAACUCAGAGUGGUAAAUGUAGUGAUCAUAAUGUUGAACAUAUUCGUUUAAAUUUUAUAUUUAUUGCAUCUUCUCAACCAUCCAGAUGGCCAGAAGAUUGGAGUACAGCAUUACAUGCAGAAGCAUUAGCUUGUGAACCAUGGAAGAAUCCUGAAUGGAUAAAUAAAAUAAAGUUACUGAAGUAUACAGGUUUUGAUCAAUGGGGAUCUAUGCUAGGUCAAGUGAUAUACAAAAAUGGACAUGUUUCUACAAUGUAUUUGCGUGGACUUCAUCAACAUCGUUGGGGAAAACAUGAAUCUCACGAGUUUUACGAAUCAGUUACCUUAUUUGGUGUAAUGUUAUAUGGAGCCAUGUUUCAUCUUAAUAUGAGUAAUACAAAACAUAGUUUUCCACAAAUACAGUUUGGUCAAUACAGAUCUAAUAAUGAAAGAACAUGUGAGAUUAGCAAAAUAGGACUUAAAUUAUCUGAUUUUAAGCAAGAAAAGUUUAAUAAUAAUUUGAGGUACAAUACAUGGUUCAUAGCUGAUAAUAAAGAAUAUAAUAUUCUUGUAAAACCUAAUAAUUCAAUAGUACUACAUUAUGGUCAACCAUGUGAUCUAUUAAACAAAAUUAUUACUGUGAAGUUGGAGAUGAAUGGUAAAUCAGGUAUUGGAUUAAUACAAUUAUGGUCCCCUUAUACUCUUCCAGUAUGUAAAACAAAAACACAUACAGAGUUAUCAUUAUUGAAACAAAUUAAUACUAAUGUACAACAAGAUGAUUAUAUUAUAUAUUUUAAUGAUGGAAAAUGUCAAAAUGAAAAUAUUGUUGGUGGGAAAGGAUUUUCACUUGGAGUAUUAACUUCUGUAAGAAAUGCAGAUUUUAUUGUACCAAAAGGAUUUUGUGUAACUGUUUUUGCAUUUGAAUUGCAAUUACAAACACAUAAAGAAUUACAAAAAGUAAUUGACAAUGUUGAGAAUAUUUGUGCUGGAAGAAAAGAUGGUGACCUUCAAAAAUAUUGCAAUGAAGCUAUGCGCAUAAUCAAGUCGACUCCAAUUAUCGAAAAAGUAAAAUAUAUAAUUAUAAAAGCAAUAGAAAACUUGGAGUUAGAAGAUGAUAAUGAUAAACCAUCUAGAUAUGCAAUAAGAUCUAGUGCUGUAGGUGAAGACAGUGAAGAAACUUCAGCUGCUGGUCAAAAUUCAACUUAUUUAGGUAUCCAAGGUAAAACCAAUGUUAUCAAGAGUAUAGCUAUGUGUUGGGCAAGUUUGUUUUCAUAUCAGAGUGUCAACUACAGAAAGCAACAUGGUAUGACUAUAAAAGCAUCUAUGGGAGUGUGCGUACAAAAGAUGGUAAACGCUGAUGCCGCUGGUGUUAUGUUCACUAGACAUCCAACUACUGGAGAUCCAUCAAAUAUUCUCAUAACUGCUAAUUAUGGAUUAGGAGAAUCCGUUGUGUCAGCAGUAGUCGAACCAGAUACAAUAAUUAUUCAUAAAAGAUGGAAUAAUAAAUUAACUAUACGAAGUUUAGUAACGGGAAAUAAAAGACAAAAGAUUCUAGUGAGUGAUAAUGGAGUGGUUACAGUUGACCUCGAUAAUGAAGAAAAUGAGACAAUUUGUUUGUCAGAAGAAAUUGCUCUACGAUUAGCUAAUAUAGGUGUCAAUUUAGAAACUUUGUUUGGAAGCGCCAGAGAUAUAGAAUGGGCAGUAAUGAAUGAAACUAUUUAUUUACUUCAAGCUCGACCUAUUACCACUUUAUACACGUGGUCAGAUUUUGAGUUAACACACGAAUUGGAUUCAGGUGUUCCUAGCGAUAUCGAUAUGCUUACAUUCGCUAAUGUAGGUGAAAUAUUUCCAUAUCCAUUAUCACCUUUAUCAAUUUCUGUAAUUGCAGAAACAUUUAAUACAUCAGUAUCUACUGAAUUUCACACUCAGGAUAAUAUUUUCUUUCAUAUUGUUGGUAUGAAAUGCACUUUAAACUAUUAUAAUUUAUUUUUACGACAACAUAGUAAAGAAAUAACGCUUUCGAAUAAAGUCACGGAUCUUGCUAUUUCUGGAAGUAUUAUACUAACACCAGAGAUUCAUAAAGUUAUUUGUGAAAGAAAUGGUGAACCUGUUCCUCUAGCAAAAAUUUUAGUAUUUUAUAAACUAAUAAAGAAUGCAAUUAUGAAUAGUACAGUAGAAAAAAAUGCUAAAAAAAUUCGUCAAAAUUUAACUUUGAAUGGAGAAGAUUUUCAUAGUGCACAUAAUUUAUACAAUGAAAUUAAUCAACGUUAUGAAGAAUAUAGAAAUGUAGCAGAAUGUCAUAUGCAUACUACAAGAGUCAGUAUCUUUUAUCAAAUUUUUGCAUUAGGAUUAUUAACAAAUGGUUACAGUGACAUUGUACCCGAGCAUUUUUCAGAUAUUUCCAUUUUGUUAGGUUCUUGCAAUGAUAUUGUUAGUGCUGAUAUGUUAAAAGGACUUGAUAAAAUAAUAAGUUGCAUUAAAAAGUGUGGAAAAGAUGAAGAAUUUAAAAAAGUAGACUGCGAUAAAGCAAUUAAUUGGUUAACAGCUAAUUGCCCACAAGCUGCAAAAGAAUUGAAUAAAUUUCUAGAGAAACAUGGAUUCAGAUGCAUUCAAGAGCUAGAUUUUAUAUCAGAACCAUGGUCUCUUAGGCCUGAAAAUCUUAUUAAAACACUUCAGACCAUGAUAACAGCUCCAGAAGCAAAAAAUUCAAGUAAGACAUUUGAUGCAGAACAAAUAGUGGGGCUCUUAAAAACACCAAAAACGGCAAUAACGAAAUGGAUUUUGAAAAAACUAGUACCUUUUUGUAGGAAAGCCGUUGUGCGUCGAGAAAUGACUAAAGCAAUAUUUGCAUAUAUCACACAUACAUUUCGACUAGCUUACAGAAGACUAGGAAAAUUAAUGGUUUUAGAGAGUUAUUUACCAAGUGAAGAUUUAAUAUUUUUUUUAACGAAUGAAGAAAUAGCAAUGCUACUAAAUCACCAUGAUAGAACAUUAAUACAAAAAGCAUUUCGUAGGAAGAAAAUUUUUCCUUUACUAAAAAAUAUAGAAUAUCCAGAAGUUAAUAUUGGAAUGCCAAUUCCUGUGAAGAAUGAUUUAAAUGUGAUAAUUGAUAAUAAAUCUGCAAAGAUUCAAGGAACACCAGUAUGUGGAGGCUCUAUUGUUAAUAGAGCAUGUGUAAUCACAGAUUUAUCAGAUGCAGAGAAACUACAACCAGGUGACAUUUUAAUUACUCAUUCUACCGAUAUUGCUUGGAGUCCAUAUUUCCCAUUACUGAGCGGUAUAGUCACAGAAUUGGGAGGACUUAUAAGUCAUGGAGCUGUAAUAGCUAGAGAAUAUGGCCUCCCAUGCAUAGUUAGUGCUAAGAAAGCUACACAAGUUUUUCAAACAGGGGACACUGUACUAUUAUCAGCAGAUAUGGGAGUUUUGCAGUUGGUCAAGAAACACGAUUAAAGGGGUUA